CACUCAAGUCAAUACGGCUCCGCCCCUCUCAAAAUGGCGAUGCGCUCAAUGCGGAAGGCGUGUGGGUGCCGGAGCUUCAUCCGGGCACUUCAUAAAGGACCCGAAGCUGCUCAGACUCCUCAGAAAGAUGCUGUGAAGCGAGUAUUCUCUGGCAUUCAGCCUACAGGAAUCCCCCACCUCGGCAAUUACCUGGGAGCCAUUGAGGCCUGGGUGAGACUGCAGGAAGAGCAUGGCUUGGUGCUAUACAGCAUCGUUGACCUACACUCCAUCACUGUCGCCCAGGACCCAGCUCUCCUUCAGCAGAGCAUCUUGGACAUGACUGCUGUUCUUCUUGCCUGUGGCAUAAACCCAGAGAAGAGCAUCCUUUUCCAACAAUCUCAGGUGCCUGAACACACACAGUUAAGUUGGAUCCUCACCUGCAUGGUCCGACUACCCCGGUUACAGCAUUUACACCAGUGGAAGGCGAAGAUUGCCACACAGAAGCAUGGCGGGACCGUGGGCCUGCUCACAUACCCAGUGCUCCAGGCAGCAGACAUCCUGUUGUACAGGUCCACACACGUUCCUGUCGGGGAGGAUCAAGUCCAGCACAUGGAGCUUGUUCAGGAUCUAGCACGAGAGUUUAACAAGAAGUAUGGGGAGUUCUUCCCAGUGCCCAGGUCCAUUCUAACAUCCAUGAAGAAGGUAAAAUCCCUCCGUGAUCCUUCUGCCAAAAUGUCCAAAUCGGACCCUGAUAAACUGGCCACGGUGAGGAUAACAGACAGCCCAGAGGAGAUCGUGCAGAAAUUCCGCAAGGCUAUGACGGACUUCACGUCGGAGGUGACCUACGAGCCAGCCCGCCGAGCUGGGGUCUCCAACCUCGUGGCCAUCCACGCGGCGGUGGCCGGCCUCCCCGUGGAGGAGGCGCUCCGCCUCGGCGCGGGCAUGGACACCGCUCGCUACAAGCUGCUGGUGGCCGACGCCGUGAUUCAGAGAUUUGCUCCGAUUAAGAGGGAAAUUGAAAAACUGAAGAUGGACAGGAGCCACUUAGAGAAGGUUUUACAGGUUGGGUCAGCCAAAGCCAAAGAAUUAGCCCAUCCCGUGUGCCAGGAGGUGAAGAAAUUGGUGGGGUUUCUAUAGGAAGCUUCCACGCCUGGCAGGAAGGCUUAUAUGUGUUGUGUCCUGCGCACUCCUAUUAAUAAAGGCAGCUUUUCUCAGAAAUGAAAAAUUAUGGCUUGGGGACAUUUAAUUUUGGUACACAUGAUUAUUGGCUUCAUUUGAUCAGUAAGAAUUUGUAACUUUCAGGGGCGCCUGGGUGGCUCAGUCCUUGAGCGUCCGCCUUCCGCUGGGGUCAUGAUCUCAGGGUCCUGGGAUCAGAGUCCCGCGUCGGGCUCUCUGCUUAGUGGGGAGUCUGCCUCUCCCUCUCCCUCUGCCUCUCUCACUCUCCCUCCCUCUCAAAUAAAUAAAUAAAAUCUUAAAAAAAAAAAAAAGAAUUUGUAACUUUCAAAUAGAGCAGUGUUCUAAAUCCCAUCAGCAAAAUGCUGUGGCCAAGAAAGAAAGAAAGAAGGCAUAACUCUCUGAAUCCUCAGUUAUUUGAGGCACACACCUUACCCUGAAUUUGUGAUUGAGGUGAGCAGUAAUUUGGCAAAUGAGGGUAUCAUUUGUCUCUCUCUGUGGAGUACAUACUGUCAGGGGUGCUCACUUGAUGCAUCCCAGCCCUUUUAAAUGCUUUUGUUUUGUUUUGAAGUAAUCUCUAUGCCCAACGUGGGGCUUAAACUCACCACCCAGAGAUCAAGAGUCACAUGCUCCACUGACUGAGCCAGCCAGGUGCCCCUCUGUCCCAACCCUUUUAAAAAGUAGUUUGUAGAUUCUUAGACUUAAUAAUCCUUGGGAUGCCAUUUGGACCAAUUUGUAUUGAGAUCUUGUAAUAAUAAGUUGAUUAUUAGAGUUCAUUUGUCACUAAGAUAGUACCUGCCUAAAUGUAUUUAAGCUGCUUAACUCUUCCCGAUGAAACCAUACUGACUAUCCCAAUAAAUACUGUUUUGUUUUGUUUAAUUCAGCAAUACGUGAUACAAUCUUCUGAGAAGGUUGCAUUAUUUCAACUUGAUGGAUUUACAAAAACCCAGGUUCCUGGAUUCUGUUUGUAGUUAAAUACUUCUUUGCCUUCACUUCUAGUUCAACAUCGCCAGCGCACUGGGAAAUAUACAAGGGGGGGGUUGCCAUUUUACCCCAAGGAAAGUGAGGCUCAGAGACUGCGUUAGUUUGUGCAGUAUCACUCAGUAAGAAGCAAGUCCAAGAUUAAAACCUUCACUCCUUAAAGAGUAGUGUUUUUUCCAUCAGCAUAGAACCAUAAGAGGCAGUAUCUAUAGGACUCCAAACAUUAUUUUAAAGGUGAAUACUCAAAAUGUAAGACCUGAACUGUGGACCCUGUUUAUAUCAGUAACUCAACCAGUAAAUCCAGAUUCAGCCAACUUGGUUUUAUUUGCUUCUCAGAAUCCCCAAGGCAGGUCCUAAGUUCUGUCUCCUAUGCUUAAGGCAGAGAUCCUUCAAAGUCUAUCCUGCCAGACUACCAUAGGAGUGAGGCCGGACCAAUCAGACUUUCCCGAUGAGUGAAAGCUUCUCACCUCUCCUCUACGUCAGCCUCUCUGAGUAAUAAUGAGUCACUCUACAACCUAGCUUUUCUGCACUUUGUAUAUGAAAAUGACAAUCCUGACUGACAGCGCCAGGACCCGUUAGCAAGCUUGAUUUUGUAAGAGAACAUAAGGUUUUUUGUCAGUGGGUACCAUGAUCACCUUUUAUACAUAAGGGACUAGUAAUGUUGGGCAAAUAAUUUUUUUAAAGAUUGAUUGAUUGAUUUUAAAGAAAGAGAGAUAGAGCAGGGGGAGGGGCAGAGGGAGAGGGAGAAAGAGAAUCUCAAGCAGGCUCCCUUCUAAGCGCAGAGCCAGACCAAGGGCUUGAUCCCAUGACCCUGAGAUCAUGACCUGAGCUGAAAUCAAGAGUCUGGAGCUUAACUGACUGAGCCACCCAGGUGCCCUGCAAAGAAUUUCUGUUCAUGUUUCUUAAGGGAAGAAAGUAGAGUAGUCCUUCUAUCAGAACAGAUAUAAGGACACAAAACACUGCAUCCCAGAAUCCACCCCAGGUUCAAAUCCUUUUUGGAAUCUUUUCUUGGAAUGUAUCUAUAGUCCAAAAGCCUCUUUGGGUGUAUUUCCUCCAAGGCUCCUUUUUUUUUUUUCCUUUGAAAGGAACCAAAGUAUGAAUACUGGAAAAUGACAAAAUUAAAGAUGGAUCCAUCAAACCAA